ACCGAUGAGUGGGCUGCAAGUGAAAUGAGCUCUCCGUCAUCCUGCUCGCUGAGCGCACCGGAGGCUACUGCGGUAAGAUGCGGCGACGCACGAUGCCCGAGACGAGGAGGAGGACAUGAUGCGCAAUACUGGACCAACGACUGCUGGAGGAGGAGAGACACAAAUAGCAUUCACUGUGGUGCAAAUUUAGAGACGAUGGGACGGAAGAGGAUGCACGUUUGACUGAUCUGUAGAGCUGCUGUAGAGCCAGUGGUGCAGGCCGACUGGAGGAUGAGGUGAAGGAUGCUCCACAGCCAGAGGAGGCUCCAAUAGGCUUCAUCUGGAAACAACAAGGAAGCACAGAGACGUUCAGUAAAGGACACUUCAUCCACAGCCUGGACCUGGAGAGACACUGACACAUCAAAGGAGGUUGUUUUAUGACAGCUGAGUCAGUCCUCGGUGACGAGAGACGGGCCGACAGGGAGGGCGGUGAAGCUCUGAAGACGGCGUCACUGAGCAUCAGUCUGGAAGAAAACAAACUUCUCAUUAUCCUCUCUGUCAUCAGCGCCAACAGCUGGACAUCUGACCUGGGCGUCUCUUCUCUUCGCCAGGAGACUCUCAAAGUUAAGGAGCGAUAAAGGGAAACAGAAGCACAACUCCAGAUCGCUGUCAGGAAAACAACUCGUUCUGUUUUUCUUUUUCUUUUUUUGUCCAAAAACUCAGAUGUUGUCAGAAAGAAGAGAUUAGCAAGAGAGUCAACUCUCUCUUGCAGUGUCAAGUAAAUAUUUUCCCCCUUGUCAGAAUGAAUCAGUAAGAGACUAUUUCAGCUAUUUCAUAAUGCGUAGUGUGUUUUUUCCAAACUAUGAUCUUUCUACCUUUGAGCUGUCGCGCUCUGAAUCAAGAAUAGACUCUUGAUCGUGCCAGCGUUCCCUCUCGCAAAUGAGAAUUCAACUUGACCUGACAGGCUGCAUUUUAAUAAAGCAUAAGCGAGGACAAACCAAUAAAACAUAGAUGAGGCCAACAACAAGCAGCAUGCUGCAGCAGAAUAACAACAACAACUACCCCUGCCUGAACGUGUCAGGCUCCACCAGAGAGAUGCUCCAGAAGUGCUCCAGAGCCUCUCUGCCCUUCCCCAGCCGACUGGAGCUGGGCCUGGCGGACCUGCCUCUGAUCCGGGGCCUCCGAGCCUGGGCCCUGUGCUCCAAGAACCGCCGGAAGCCCGGUGGUCUGCUGGGAGGAGGACAAGCCCCCAUAGCUCCUCCUGCAGGCCGCGGGGGUCCCACUUCCUGCCCCAGGCCUGCAGAUGUGUACCUGAGCGGGGAGUGGGGUCGCAUGGGGUACGGGCUGCCCUUGGGGCUGGACGCCAGGCAGGCUGGGAUCGGAGCUUUGGUAACAGUUGCCACUCUGAAGACGUCAGAGGGCAGCGGGAAGACACAGACUCAAUGCCUCUUCCUCCGGACUGAGAAAGGAAGCUGUUUGUACUCCACAGCUAAGCCCAGCUCUGGUGUGACUACCAGUGCAGCCUCCAGCGUGGUUGGGGGAUGGCUGAGAGGGAAGACAGGAGGAGGAGGAGGCAGAGACAUCCAAGCCGGGAGGAGGGACAAUGGACCAACUCCGCCAGCACAUACUGGAGUAAACCGGGUUAGGGUGCGAUCCGGCCGGAGAUGGAGGAAGUCCAGUAACGUGAGCGUGAGCAGAGAGAGGCAGCAGAGUAGCAGUGGGGAGGAUCCUGCUGGAGAAAUCUCUCUGGAAGAAAGGCAGGAAGAGCGAGACAAAGGAGGCCUGGCCAGUAAACAGUUUCCCAGCCCGCAGCAGGACAAACAGGGAGCAUGCAGAAGUCCUAGAUGCUGCCACAAUGCUUCUCCCAAAACCUGUACUCGGUGUGGAAGGAGAGCAGAGAGGAGGGAAAGCCAGGAUGAACACGGGGGAGGUGAAAGUCCAAGAAGAGGUGAAUCAGAUAGGCUGAACUGUGAGGUGAAAGGAAUGAGGAAGGAGAGGCAAAAGAAUGAGGAGGAGGAGGAGAAGGGAGGCCUCUGUGUGUUAGAGUCAUCUAACGCUGUUCUGGCAGCACCAAACCCUGACCUAGAAUCGAACCACGUUCACCCAGAAGAGAUUAGAGAGGCAGAGAGCAACGAGGAGCCGAAGACAGAAACCUCUCACAGCAAGGAUGAUUAUUCGGAGAGAGAGGAGGACACAAACUCUGAAGUUAUGAAAAUACAUACUGGAAAUUUCAUUCACGGACACCCUGGACAGGUGACGGAUGACUUUACAUCAUUUUCUGAUCGUGUGGAGGCAGAUCGAGGAGCAGAGAAAGAGAUGGAGAGUGUGGAUGUUGGAGACGAGGAAGGGAGCAUCAAUCAGACUCCUGCUGAACAAUGUGUUGUAUCCGACUGGUGUGAGGACAUCUCUGUCUCCACCUGCCCUGCCUCCAUCAGCACUGCAGCCUCCCCUGAGCCCUCCGCUCCUGUAGAGGGCAGCACCUGCAAUGCUGACAAUGAUACUUGUGGUGUUCAGAGAGAGCAAGAGAACAGCAGAGAUCAACAAGAGGCAGCAGACCCAGGGAUCAUGGGUAAAGAAGAACUGGACGUAAGCAGAUUUGAGCAACAAGAAACGACCUGUGCGGCGGACGAGAACAACACUGUGAACGAGAACAAGCUAGAGGAGAGAGAAGCUUCACCUUCACCUCUCAGACACGCAGAUCCUUCCAUCUUUGAGACAGACAGGAGGAACGUAACAGGAAACUAUAGUACAACUGAGCUUAAUGGAGCGGAGCGGAGAGAUGAGCUAGUGUGGGAAAAUAGAGAGGAGGAGUCACAGGAAGAGGAUAUAGAGGAGAGGGUAAAUCCUGAGGAAGAGGAUGGAGCUGGGGAGAUUUGGAGGAGGGACUGCACCUGCAACGAGCUGAAAGAUGGAGAUGGUAAACGUGAUGACGACAAAGAACGACAGACGUCAGAGGAUGACAUACAGGAGGAUAAUGAUACAGACGUGAUGAGAAACUGUGCACUAAAAGACAGCUGGAGGUUAGAGGAGUCUGCAGAUGGAUGCAGGGGAAGGAAAAAAGAGGUUGGAGACACCUGUGGACAAAUAAGCAUCACUCACGUUGAAGCAAAUGGAGAGACCAGCACCGACGUCACUAAUGUUGAUCCCUCCACCUCUCUUGCAAUCGCCCUGGCUAAUCCUGCCCCCUCUUUGCCCCCCCUGGGAUCCAUGGCAACCGGCCUGCCCUGUCUGGAGGCGCAGAAGGAGGAGGAGGAGGAGGAGGAGGAGGAAGGGGUCGGAGCGCCGGCAGGAGACGGAAAAGGAGGCCAGGAAGGGAAGAGGAGACAAGUGGAGGAGCAGGGCGAGGAGGAGAGGGGCUCCACCGUGGCUGCUGAGGAGGGGAGGAAAGAGGAGGAGGAGAAGGAAGAUGAGUUUGGAGUAUUCAUGCAGGCGGAGGGAGAGCCAGCCUGGAGCGAGGGAUACACCAUGUCUGCCUCAGUGCCUUGUGGGAGCAGAGAAAGUGUUGCACUUGGAAACCACGCCAUCACCGGGGAGUCGACCCACUGGACACCAGGCUGGACGGACAGCUCGUCCCACCAAUCGGACGACAGCUGGACAGCCUUUCCUCAGGAUUCAUCGUCAGAUGGAGGUCGGGAUGCGGUGGGACAGUGGUGGCCAACCAGCGCCGUGGAGGAGAGCAGAGACGGCCUCUCGGCCAAUCAGAAUCUGGCGGCUGUCAUUGCUGAAGCCUUCCCCUCGCUGCCUGCUUCGUCCUCAUGUGACCCCUGUGACCUCGACACUGUUCCCACACUGACCCAGCUCCUCAGGGGCGGAGCCAGCCAGGACCACGGGCUGUUGGACAGCUUCCAUGACUUGAACAAAAUGAUUUGCCAGAGAUACAAGCGAGCGAACGGCGUGUCUCGUGACCUGCUGCUGAGGACUUUACACCUGGAGCAGCCGUCCACUGAAAGCAGACCUGCUCCCUGGACAGCCAACCGCCGUCAUUCCCCCGGCCUCCCCUCAGCCAAUCAGCACGCUCAGAACGCUGCCGCUAAGCGACGGCUGUCAUAUGACUACAACAGAAACGUCAUGGAGUAACUGUUUCGAGUUCAGCUCUGUGAUUCAUCAACGUUUGCCUGAAGAACUGCAGGUUUGAGCGCCGGCAGGGCAAAACGGACCAACGGCAAGUUUCUCAACACUCUGGACUGACUACAUGUGUACUCGUCAGACACUGACUGACCUUCUGACUCUUUGCACUCUCCCUGCUUAUCUAAACCUGAGCCAGUGAGUAGACGUAACCUGGAUCGGAAAACGGAGCGACAGUUGUGUUUCAGAAGUUGUCUCCUCCAGCUCCUGUUGAUGUAUACUGGUGGAGUGUUUCCAUCACACAUGUGCCACCUUGUUCACCACCACCCUCCUGUUUUAAGUCCCAUGUUGACCCUGAUAACAGCAGCUUGUUUGUCAUUCGUCACCAUGUUUUAGGAAGAGUCAAGAACAUUAUAAUGUCACCACGUCAACCCUGAAAUUUUCCUUCCUUUUCUUUAUUAUCUAAGAAGAUUUGUAAAUUGUAUUCUUCAUAGAAAUAUUUCUCCGUGUCAGAGCUGCUGUUUUGGUUCAGAAAUUGUCUCAUUGAUUGAAAUCAAAACUCGACGGGUUGAGCCAAACAAAAACAUUAACCUGCAAGGAAUGACUGAUUGAAAAAAGAAAUAUCACAUCAUUUUCUUCUUGCAUUCGUGACUUUAGAAGGUCAGCAUGCUGUGCUAACUAUAAGCAAACUCCUUCUCUUACUUUUUGCAAAAGAUGACAUAUGUUUCUUAUCUAGAAUAUUGUCCACCAAAGAGUUGUCGAACUCAACCAAUGAGAUUUUUUUCUUCUUCUGGAGCAGCUCUGCCAGUAAAAGCUGUAGAACUGAUGUUGUGUUCCUGUCAUGUGGAAAUGGAGGAGAGCAAUAAGAGCUUUCUGUUACAACUUGCAAUCAAUCAUAUUAUUAAACAGCUCAAGAUGGCAAUUGCAAAUGUUACUGAUACUGAUGCAGACUGAAAUAACAGUUAUUUAGCACUGAACCGUUUGGGCAUAAAACAAAGAAAUACGUUUUUAUAUUUGCCACAUUAGCACUGAAUUAGUCACAGGGAAGGAAACAUUCAUGUUUGCUUUUUGAGCUAAACUACAUUUUAAGUUAUAUUUAAAAAUACAGUGACAAAUAGUUUCUGUCUGAUGUUUUUGUUUAGUUUGAGAUAGAAACAGGCGAUGACAUAAAGCUCCUUUUUUUUUGCUGUUGCUCCAUAAACACGGUGGCUUUUAACCUCGUAACCACAGGAAAUCUUUAUUCAAACAUGCUGUAACCGACAACAGGAACCUGCUCUACUGACACCAACACAUGUCUACAGAUGUCAAUAUCAGCUGGAUUCAUGCAAACGUCAGAGUUCAUUUCCCUUCCUUUCUUGUUUUUGAGUGAUAGACGUAACAGAAAAUCCUCUGAAGAACAAAGUAAAGCUUAGUUUUACUUGCAGAAUGCUGAAGAUGGGUCUUUAAAUGUUCCUUUACAUUUUGCAGAGUGGUGCAUGUGCUUUCAUUGUGUAUGUACUACAGAAAAGCCAACGACAGGAAUUCAUUUCAAAAGGAUUUUUGGUUCCUCAGAGAAACAAGUUUGUCUUCCAGUUAGUGCCAACAGGAACACCAAUGAAAGUGCCAAUGUUUACGAGGUAACAGAAGCGAAGCAGACUCAUUCAGGAGGAAACGUCGCCUCUUGUUUCUCACACACGCUGAAGUGGACUCAGACUAAAAUGUUGGCAUGUGAUGUUUCUCUUUUUUCCUCGUCUUUCUGUCUGGCUUCCUGUUCGCCUCUCUCUCUCUCUCUCUUCAGUACACUCACAGUUGAGUCCACUUCACGGGCAAAACUUGAAUCUAGCUGCCAAUCAAAACAAUGUUUUUAUUAUUAAUAUUGUUCACAUUAUGACCAUGUCAAUGAUGCACUGUACAUUUUUAAUUUAGACAUAUUAUCACCUCAGAAGGUUAAUUUCGCCGUUCGUUGUAUAUUUCACUUGUCAACUCGAUCAUUUGUGAUGAUAUUCAGAAACAAUCGUGUGUGUAUGCGUGUAUGUGUGUGUGUGUGUGCGUGCGUGUGUGUGUGUGUGUGCGCAUGUGCCAUUUGUAUAAACUACAAGUUGCUGAAAAAGAAAAAGAUGAAUAUUUUCUGAUCUGUUCAAACGAGGAAGAAGGAGUUGUCGCCUUGUUAACUGAUGUAAUAAAACGAUACUGUGUGAUGGCU